AUGUUCGAGGACUUCUCCUUCUCUUCGCCGUCGUCCACCAGACCACCCCGGCUGGCGUUCGACGGGGACGAUCGACUCAUGAUUGAUUCUGAUAGUUCUAUGAUCUCGCCAUUGUCAUCUCGAUGCCCCUCACCUAGAUCGACGUCGUCGCAUAAGUUUCCCCGCAGUUUGCAUCGUUCGCGAUCAUCACACUUCCGUUCCCCUCAGCCGCCUACCUCUGUUCCAUUCUCCGCUUACGACGGCAAGAGACUUUCCAUCAGUACAUUGACAAGGAAGCUCCAUGAGCAUACAAUUCAGAGUCAGUCUCAAGAGGAGAAAGCUGACAACGUACCCGCCUCACCAUCGACGCCCCGGUCGGUAUCAGGGCAAUUCCAUGGAUAUUUCCUGACACCCCCGGACACAGACCAUGAUGAUGAGGGAUACUGUGACACGUCGUCGAUGACCUCUCUCUCACCCUCAUUGUCGCCUCAUCAGCAAUCCCCCUUUCUGGGAGCCAUGUCCGCCCCGCUGGACUUGACGUCGCAGGGUGGGGCUCUUGAAACUCUGUUGAACAGUGGACUUGAUACUACGAUGAACAUCCGGGCACAUCGGCAACAUAUCUCCCGCCUGCAAUGCAGUCCUUCCGACAUCGAAGCCAUCAAACGGGCUCUUGUUUCUGAAGAUGAGCCGUCGGAGUUCGACCCAUUCAACCAGGACGACUGUCAUCCAAGCUCACUUCCUCCGCAGCUGUCGCCCCGCAGGGGGGCUGUCACGCUCAGCCGGAGCCGUUAUCGACCGAUAGCCGCCACUUCCAGCCUUUCUGAUGCCUCAGGGGUUGAGCAUCGAGACCGGAGGAAAAGCACUGCUGGCGUUUCUUCAUCUCACCGUAUCGAAAAGAGCUAUUGCUUGUCAUCAAGCCGGGAUUACCGCAAGAAAAGCGAUCAAGGCCUGAGAAGGAAGAGCCUGGUCAGCGCCGCCUUGGCUUCUGUGAUUGAAAAGGCACCGCAGAUGACUCUUUGA